AUGACUUUCCAUGAUGCGGGCAUCCAUUCGCCCAUCCCCGGCUCUCCCCCCGACCUCACCUCUUCGAAGUCCUCGAAAUCCUCGUCCUUCCACUCCUCAUACCAGUCUGAUGACAACACCGUGCUCUCUGAUGUCGGCAAUUUCGAGGAAAUCGGCCUGGAUGACGAGUCCAGGGCCGAGGCGGAGAUUGGCGACUUCGCCGUGAAGACGACCAUCAACCCCUACGAUGCCACCUUUGCCAGCGAUCUGCGGACGACGGCAAAGCAGAGGAAGCGCAUCCCGAUGGCCACCACACACGGCAAUCGAGUACAGAGGGAAUUGACCGCUGGAAAGCCUCGACCCGCGUAUCCGAGCCUGCGAGGCCAGGUCAAGAGCGCGACGUCCGUUGGCUUGGGAUUGCAGCCCAUACCUAACGGAGCUGGCAUGCCUCGGCGAGGUUUCAGUAGCCCGAAUACAACAUCUUUCCCAGUAAUGAAACGAAACCGCAGUUCAAGUCCGAAUAUACCGAUGAAUCCGCGCUAUAAUCUCUCCACAAGUUCACUGAAGACAAGGAGGGGCAGUUGGCAGUCGAAUCGGGAAAGAAAGUCUGCAAAAGAGUUGGAAAAGGAGUGCGAUGAGGAUGAUGGAGAUGAUGUCCCGGAUGAGUGCUAUCUCGAGAACGUCCCGAUUUCACCACGGCCUCCUCAACAACGAACCCUCAGCACGCCCCCGUCUACAUCCACAAGUCCGGAGAGACCCCAGAAGGACAAGACCAAGGGCCUAGGCAAUGGAACAUCACCGAGACCUGCUGAGCAGGGAGAAUUACGAUCACCAAAAUCUCCGAGAAAUGGGAUGCAGCGCGGAGCGAGCAUGGGCCAGUUCCCAAUCAGCCACGAUGCCUUCGCUAAGGGCCGAGCAAAGAGUUGGACAGUUGCGCUGUCAGAAUUGAGCGAAGAAGCCAAAGCAUUGACGGAGGCAUUGGAGGCACAUGCAGACACGGAAGAGCAGGGGGAUCCAAGGCAGCGGAGGAGUUUCAACAGCACAAAUCGACCUACCAUCGACAAACCCCGAGUCAAGUCUGCGAUUGCUGAAUUACCACCUCUGCGAAGGACUGAUAUCAUGAUUGAUCCUCUACCAAUAUCGAAGGAGAAGGAAGCGGUUCUGUCUCGGACACGUCCAUCCUGGCUCCCUCCCAAAGAUCCCGCCGAAGAGAAGCGACAUCUAAAGGAAUACCAGAGGAUGAUGGCACAAGCCGCCGAAGCGGAAAAGAGGAAAGAGGCGGAACGAAAUGCAAAGACUACCUGCAGAGAUGACACUGCCAGUUCCCUGCUGCGGAUCUGGGAAGAGCAUGUUCUACCGAAUUGGGAUGUGGCAACACGCCAGAAACGAACGAGAGAACUCUGGUGGAGGGGCAUUGCUCCCAGGAGUCGAGGUGAUGUGUGGACGAAGGCAAUUGGGAACGAACUCGGUUUGUCAGACUCUUCAUACACAGCUGCUCUUCGUCGAGCGCAGGCUUUAGAGACAACGAUCAAGAGGGGCUCCCAGUUGUCUGCAGACGAGGAGAUGAAGAAGUCUUGGCUGAAUAAGAUUGAACAUGAUGUCCGGAAGACCUAUCCCGAGUUGAAAAUCUUUCAGCCGGAUGGGCCGCUGCAUAGCUCUCUAUUGGAUGUUUUGAAAGCAUACGCCAUGUACCGCAGUGAUGUUGGAUAUAUUCACGGGACAAGUACAAUCGCCGCCUUGCUUCUUCUCAAUCUGCCCACACCUUCAUCUGCUUUCUGCGCACUCUCCAACAUUCUCAACCGACCCUUACCACUCUCCUUCCAUACCGGUGACCCAGGCGCAACAUCACGAGCAUACUCUCUCCUCUUAUCAACACUGAAGCUCAAAUCACCUCGGCUACAGACACACCUCACAUCCCCCCAAUUGAACCUCAACCAUGAUGUCUACCUCAAAGACGUCUUCACAUCCCUCUUCACCGAAUCCCUAAGUUUGGAUAAUGCAACAAGACUGUGGGACGUAAUGGUCUUCGAAGGCGACGCGGUUCUAGUCCGUGCAGGCGUCGCAUACCUCACAGCCAUGGAAGGCAAACUCUUUGGUGCAGAGAGCGAGAGGCAGGUAUAUGAUAUAGUCAGACACGGAUUGGAUAAUCUUGGGGAGGAGGAGUGGAUGAAAGCAGUGAGAACCGCGGGGAAAUCGUAA